AUGAAAGUACCUCGGCCACGUUACUUUACUUCAAAUGAAGUUUCAUCCCAUAACACAGCAUCGGACAUUUGGGUUUCAUUUCUUGGUCAUGUCUACGACUUAUCAAAGCUUAUGGAAGAACAUAGUGGCGAUGUACUGCUCAAACCAAUUAUCGACGUUGCCGGCUUGGACAUAUCACAUUGGUUCGACCCUCGAACUCACGAUAUUCGUCAUUAUAUCGAUCCAGUCACUCAUUGUUUACUGCCUUAUACACCUCAUGGUCGUUUUAUUCACGUUGCACCACCGUUUCCAUCUAGUGAUUUCGCCAAUGACUUCGGUAUUCCAUGGUGGAAAGAUCCCAAGUAUAAAAUCGGUGUUCUCUCGAAAAAAAUUCGAACAAUCCGUAUUCUGAACGUCCUUACAUUACAGGAACACAUCAUCGAAGUUUGUUCCGAGGAAAAUAUGCAUGAAAUCCUUCAGCGAUAUUUGAAAUACAAUAGACAUGCGUCAAGUUACACAUGGAAAUACGAUGGUAAAGUUUUAGACAUGGACAAAACAUUAGAGGAAAACGGCGUGCGAGACGAUGAUACCGAUUUCGAUAGACUUAAAAUGCGUGAUGACAGCUAUUUACAAUCGAUUAUGUUGUAUUAUAAUGAUGAUUUGACGGAAGCUUGA